AUUUGCAUGGCGGGGUUAUUGUAAAUGGUAGAGGUAAUAUAGUAUGAAUAAGCAUUUGGAAGACGGCGAGCGGCAGAUGCGAACGAGCGAGCGAGCGAGUCGAUCAGUCUGGCUGGUGCAGUAGAGGUGUGCGCUUGGUGCUUGUUACUUGGCGCGUCGUGCUUGGUGCUAGUGCUUGCGCGUCGCUCCCUUACGAGUGUGCGCGCGUGCGGAAUUUCAGCCCCAGCCCCUAUUCGCAAGGCUUCUGCCAUGGCCGAAUAAAAACUGACUCUGGAUGAAAACGGGCCCCGUGCAGCGCGAACUCCUGUAAUGUGACGGGAGUGUACAGUUCCCCAAUAUCGAGAGACGAAUUAUUCAAAAAAAAAAUAAUAACUAUUAACAAAAUAAACCCUCAUCACACAAUCAUGGUUCAGUUGGAUUUCUCUUCCGUUGGGAGCGUGCCCGACGAUGGCGUCGAGGAUAUGACCAGGCUGUCCGCCUUGGACGAAGAAGUCAUCAACAAGAACCUGCGGGUGCGAUACGAAAAGGACCGCAUCUACACGUACACUGGAUCCAUUCUAGUUGCAGUAAACCCUUACAAGGCCAUUGACAUGUACUCACAGAAAUAUGUGGAGAAAUAUCAAGGAAAGAAGAUGGGAAUGGAGGAACCCCACGUCUUUGCACUCGCCGAAGCGGCCUACGUUUCCCUGCAAACCAUACACCAAAGCAAAGGACACAUGAAUCAAAGUUUAGUGAUAAGCGGAGAGAGCGGAGCCGGAAAGACGGAAACAACCAGAUUCAUAUUGCAAUACCUGUGCUCCGUGACCAGCGGCGUCUCCACCUGGGUGGAACAGCAGAUCCUGGAGGCGAAUACCAUUUUAGAAGCUUUCGGAAAUGCGAAAACCGUUCGCAAUAACAACUCGAGCAGAUUUGGAAAGUUCAUGCAGGUAUGCUUCGAUUCACGAUGGAUGAUCGCAGGUUGUAUCAUCCAGGAUUACCUGCUCGAACAAUCCAGAUUAACAUCUCAAGGACCCGGAGAACGUAACUACCACGUUUUCUAUCACCUAAUUGAAGGAGCCAAGAACAAUACAGAGUUAUCCGCUCAUCUGCAUCUUAAGCCGGUCGAGUUUUACAAGUAUCUCAACCAAACCGGAAGCAACAAAGACGACGCCAAGUGCUUGGACAACCUGAUGCUGGCGUUCAACGUGCUCCAGGUGCCGCACAUCAUGUGCAACGGCAUUUUCCAGACCCUCUCCGCCAUCCUUUGGCUGGGAAAUCUCUCAUUUCAAGAUGUGGACGGGGAGAAGUGUGAUAUUACCGAGGAGGAUGAAGAAAUCUUGGGGAUUGUCUCGGAAUUGCUGGGCUUGGAGAAAGAGAGUUUGAAGCAGGUGGUGCUUAUCAGGCAGAUAAACGUGCGCGGAAACAUUACCGAGAUUCCGCUGAAGCUGCAGGAGGCUCGAGAGAAUCGGCACGCCAUGGCGAAGGCCUUGUACUCGCGUACCUUCGCCUGGCUCAUUAAUCACAUCAACACGUGUACGAAUCCAGGUCAGGAUGGAACGCGUUUUCUGGGUGUGCUCGAUAUCUUCGGAUUCGAGAAUUUUGCUGUCAAUUCAUUCGAACAGCUCUGCAUCAAUUACACUAACGAGAAACUCCAUAAAUUCUUUAACCAUUACGUGUUUGCUCUGGAGCAGGAAAUUUACAAGCAAGAGGAAAUUGAUUACAAGCACAUUGCGUUCACCGAUAAUACACUUUGCUUGGAAUUGUUGGAAAAGCCGCCAAGGUGCAUCCUGCGUCUGCUAUCUGAACAAUGUCAUAUGCCCAGAGGAUGUGAUGCUUCGUAUAUAUCCAAUUUACAUGGGGAAUUUGAAAGUCACGAGCGAUAUUUCAAAGGCGACGAUAAGAGAAGAUGGGAACUAGAAUUUGGAGUGAAGCAUUAUGCAGGAGGCGUUCUCUACAAUGUCAAAGGAUUUGUAGAUAAGAACAAGGAUGUACAACAGGACGUGUUCUUUGACAUUCUUUCCAGAAGCAGUUGCGAAUACAUACAGGAUUUGGCUAGCUAUCAAGAUCUAAAUUCUUGCGCUGGUAAAGGAGUUGCUAAUGGUUCGUCGACGGUGUCGAGAGGAACGAGCAAAGGGAAGUUAACAGUUUCUGAUACUUUCCGUCAUCAACUGCAAGCUCUUGUCGAUGUCUUGCAAUCAACAACCCCAUGGUACGUGCGAUGCAUAAAGCCAAAUGCCAACAAAGACCCCAACAAUUACGAUAAUACGUUGGUUCUUGAUCAAUUGAAAUACCUCGGUAUGCUGGACAUCAUUCGCAUUCGCAAAGAGGGUUACCCCAUUCAUAUGGACUUUAACGAUUUCAUUGCCAGAUUUCACUGCCUAUCUAAAAACAGACUGCCUCCUGACGUACGAGCCGCGUGUCAAGCUUUAAUUGAGAGCCACAACGUCCCUAAGAACGAAUGGCAAAUCGGUAAAAGCAAAGUGUUCCUGCGGUCGCACGUGCACGAGCCUUUAGAAGACACGCGAAACAGGAUGCAAGCUUCCAAAGCGAUACUAAUCCAGAAAACGUUCAGACGGUACGUCGCCCAAAAGGAGUACCUGCAGAUUCGUAAAGCCGUGUUGAAGAUACAACACGCCUACAAAGGCUGGAAGAGCAGGAUAGUGUUUCUGAAGAAGCGGAGAGCCGCAAUCGUCAUUCAGAGCCAUUUGCGUGGUGUGUUUGCCAGGGAGGUAGCGGCUGCUCUAAGGGAGAUGAAGAGGGUGGAGGAAGAGAUGCGGAAGCGUGAAAUGAUGGAGGAAGAGAAGAGAAGCAAAGAAUUGGAAUUGGAGAGGGAGGAAAAGGAUAAGCUGGAGUUGGAGCAGAGCGAGCAAGCGGCGGAGAAGGAAAUUGCCGCCUUAUCGCAUAUGGCGGAACAGCUGAAACCGCGCCUGACGGAAACAGCAACGGAAGCCGUUGAUUUAGACAAUUUGUUCGCAUUUUUAUCGGACGUACAACCGCAACCGUUGAAGAGUAAUAAGAUCAUAGAUGAAAUUGGCGAGAAGAUGAACGAGCUCGUAGAGGACCUCGACGUUGAACUGGAGACGGUCAUUCAACAGGAGCUGGAAGGACUAGCGCAAGAGCUGCAUCAGCCGACUCCUCCAAAGAUGGGUCUGCCAUCGCUGCCCGAGCCGACGGAACCUCCACCGCCGCCUCCUCCUGCAACAAACGAACCUCUUCCACCUCCACCCGUUAUCAUCCCAGAAGAUGUGAUCCAAGACAAAUCCUCUAAUGAGCCCAUAUACGAAGCUGUUUUACCGCGCGAUGAUUCAAUCUGUGUAUCGCCGCCGCCACUUCCAGCACCACCCAGAAUCCCAACCGAAUCACCACUACACAGCCCACCUGUCUCUAGAUGCAGCAGCGCAGGGCCUCAAUCAUGGAGAUACAACCAGGAACAAGAAUUGGUGAACACAGAGCGCGAACAGCGCAGGAAAUUCCGUGUGGAGAAGAAACUGCAGGAAUUGACAGAGCAGGAGAAGGAAGCCGUUGUUGAGGACGUCUACCACGAUAUGCUCGAGUUUGCAGAGAACUUUUAUAAUUCGCACGAGAGGAGUCCUGAGGGUACGCUCAUUGCCACUCUGACGAGAAAGCGGCCUAGCUCGGAGAUGAUUCCAAUAUAUGAGAUGCUUACGUAUUACAAAGGAAACAGCAUCCCGAAUUCGCAUAUACAUAUGUACGACCCGGAUAACGUGAAUAUCGCAUGUACCGUUUUCAGAGAUAUCUGCAAAUAUAUACGUGGCGAAUUGAAUAACGAUAGAGAACUGACAGUAAUACAGAGCGUAAUUGGUCAAGCCCUUGAAAGGGAGGAACUCCGUGACGAGAUUUUCGUACAAUGCGUGCGACAAUCUACAAACAAUCCACAGUCCGAUUCGGCAGAAAGGGUGUGGCUUUUGCUGUGCCUUUGUGUCGUCGCCUUUCAACCAUCAAAGAACCUCUAUCGUUACUUUGUCUCAUUCUUGAGGAAGAAUUUAUCACAAGGAGGAAAGAUUGCUCAAUACGUUCAGUGGUGUUUAGAUAAUUGCAAUAACAACAAAGUAACUGUCAGGGAGCAUCCACCGUCGUCUGUCGAAGUGGCGGCUAUGAAGCGACUAGGUACAAUCGUGUGCAGAUUCUUUUUCCUAGACGGUCGAACGAAAGCAAUCGAUGUGCAUCCCACGGAUACGGCUGGAGAUGCAGCCAGGAAAUUGGCUGAACGUCUGGGUUUGCGCACCCUUGAGGGUUGGGCUAUAUACCAAAGCAGAAGUGACGGUGAGGAGCACGUAAGAGCGCAUCAUUUUCUAUACGAUGUCAUAGCUGCUUGGGAAACAAGCCAAAAUAAAUUGAAUCCUCCGAGUGGAUUAGCCACCCUGGGCAGGAGAAGCACUACCACAGUCAGUGGUGGUGAAAAUAGGUUCAUCUUCAAAAGAAGAUUGUUUAGGUCUAGUCGAGAGUUAAGUCAAGAUCCUGUCGAGGUCAAUUUACUGUACGCUCAAGCUGUUCAUAGUGUUGUUAAGAAUGAUGAUUUCCCGGUGACCGAGAAAGUCGCUUUACAGUUGGCCGGUCUACAAGCUCAGGUUGCCCUGGGAGAUCCUAAGGAUAAUAACAAGCUGGAGUAUUACACCGAUAUAGACACAUAUCUGCCUUACAGGAUAAGCAAGACGAGAGGGGACGAUGUCUGGGUCCCUAUAAUAGCUCAAGCGCACAGACAGUACGGCGCCGGACGAACGGAACUCACAGCUAAAGCUCUUUACCUUUCGUGCGUGAUGCAGUAUCCCUUAUACGGUACAACCAUGUACUCUGUUACAUAUCGUGGUUACUGGUCAUAUGGAAAUUCCCUGGUACUAGGUAUCAAUAAUAACGGCAUCAUGCUCAUUAAACCCGACGACAAGUUCGUGCUGAACGAGUACCCUUACCACGAGAUCGAGAGUAUCAUGCUCGACCCAAGCGAUAGCUUCAUCACUAUAACUCUGCAGCGCCACAUGAAUGACUCGAAUCACAAGUGCUUCGUCUUCGAGACAGCGCAAAAGAACGAAAUUGGCUCUUUGAUAGCCAGUUACUCUCCAACUUUAGCAGGCUGGAUCACUGAAUGCGAACAGCCGCAGAAGAAAGUUAAAGCUAUGACCAACGAGGAUCGCAUACGAUUGUACCACAAUCUGGUAAAUUGCCGAAGGGCAUUAGUCGAUAACGAUAUCCUUCGCAAACCAACAGAUGCUUCAGGAAGCUUCCUACGUAACACUCUCAGGCGUCUCAGCAAGCACAAAUUGGAUAAGUUGAGACAAGAGCACGGCGAUAGCGGAGAGACCUACAAAGGCUUCCACUACUCGUUCUGGGCGUUUAGCCGACAGCCCUUGCCGCAAAGCAUCAGUAGAAUACCAGAGAGCGAGGAGCAGAUCAUGAUUCAAGUAUUUCAAAUAGUCCUCACGUACGCUGGAUUGGGACAAAAUGGUGAAGCAAUUCGACGAGCUGAAGACGAGCACGUAACACUAUUACAAUCGAUUCUUGAACGUUGCAUGCGCAAGGAAUCAUUGCUUUGCGAGUUGUAUCUUCAAUUGAUCAAACAGACCACUGAUCAUCCAGACCCAAAUUCGAGAGUUAACUUACGCCAUUGGGCUUUGCUGUCUCUCGCCUGCUCCGUUGUGUUACCUCCUCACAAAGCUGUUCGAAGAUAUUUGAUUGCUCAUCUCAAAAGAUGCAGCUCGGAUUACGUUACCGAGGAGGGAAAGUUUGCUCGUUUCGCCGAGAAGUGUCUGUCGAAGACUCAAGGCACCAGGAGGCGACAGUGGCCACCAUCUCGCGAAGAAAUUCUUUGUACCAUAAACAGAAGGCCAGUUUACGCUAGAUUCCACUUCAUGGAUGGCCAGUAUCACUCUGUUGAGUUUCAUCCUUCGGCGACGGCCCGGGACGUCCUCGAGAGCGUGCGCGACAAGAUCGGUCUCAACUCGAACGCCAUGGGCUAUGCAAUCUACGAGGUGCUCGGCAACUCUGAAAGGAGCCUUGCUGCUGAGGAGAAGGUUGCCGACGUGAUGGCCAAAUGGGAGCGUUACCGUGCCGCCUCCGUCGCAUCCAACAACACGAACACGGCGUCCAAACGCGCCCGCCCUCAGCACCACUUCUUCCUCUUCAAGAAACACCUCUUCAUGGACAACUUCAUCAACCUGAGCGACAAUGUGGAAAAGGAAUUACUGUACCACCAAGUGCUGCAUGACUUGAGGGCUGACCGAUUUCCAAUCACCGAUAAAGAAGCGUCCUUACAUUGGGACGGAGCGGUGAGACGCGAAUUGGCCUCACUGCUUCACGGAAAACUCGAAAACUUGGCGCUUUCAUCUGGCGAAUUCGAAAUGAUGUUGACCGCACUACAAGGUCAACUGGAGCUAGGGGACUGCUCCGAGAUGUUGCACGACUACAGAACCAUCGCGUGCCAUUGUCUUCCAGCCCGUCUUGUGCCAGGUCUUCCUCAGGAGGGCGUAGCCAUGCACCAUCAAUCACUACGAGGGAUGACCGCCUCCGAAGCUAAACAGGCCUUCCUCAACUUAAUCCAAAGUUGGCCUCUUCACAAAGCCACCAUCUUCGAUGUUAUGCAAUCUUUCACCUCGAAUUGGCCACGAGUCCUCUGGUUGGCGGUUGAUCAGAAGGGGCUGCAUCUGUUGGAGCACCGAUCCAGGAACGCUCUCUGCACGUACGAGUACAGCAGCAUCUUGAGUUAUUCUCCUGCUCUAAAUUGCCUGAUGAUCAUCACCGGGAGCGCCUGCAAACAAAGCAAAGUUAUCCUAACCACUGCUCAGGCCUUCCAGAUAGCCACCCUCAUCCGAGAAUACAUGGUGGUGUUGCAGAGCGAUGCAAACGACGCAAAAAGAGCGCAGCAGCAGCCGAGGAGUCGACCGGUCAGCGUCCUUCAUCAGAACAACAUGCUGGUACCGCCUCAGCCUAGCUAGAAAAGGGUCCAUUUCGCUGAUCAAGUGACUGCUGCCGUAUACUGAGCACUUCACACUUCCCAAUUAAGGCAAAUCCACCCAAAUAAUAUUCGCGUUAUUAUAAAUGAGGGACAAAAAGGCGUAUUUUGCUAAGCGAACAACACACGGUAGGACUAAUCGAGGCUAGGACUUAUAGUAAGGAAUAUUAUUUGUUGUAUUUGACGGCAGUUGCAUCAUCAGCGAAACACCUGCAUCACUCUCAAGUUGUCGACCACAAUUAUCUCUCUCUAUCAAUCAAACAAAUAUAAUAUGUUAAAUAAUUAUCCACUAACGGUAGCUUACGUAGCUGAAGUUCAUAAGUAAAGAAUUGGGCAGAUCAGAACUUCAGCUCUUCAGUAAUUGGUUUAGACACUUUAAUAUGUUAUCCAAUAUAGCUAAACAAUUUUUCAAAUAAAUAGUAUAUUCCAGAACGGCCACUGUAAAAUAAAAUUGCAACAAAUGC